AUGAACAACCAAUACGUACCACUUACAUUACUUAUUGUUGCAAUAAUCAAUGCUGUUAUUCAUUGGAAUGCUAUAUUAAAUAAUAAUAAAAUGAUGGUACGAUUAAGUAAAUGUCCCUUUUGUUUAAUUAUGGGAUUGUUUCUUUUUGUUUCACUUGAAGAAACACCUAUUGUAUUUAUUCUUGGAUAUAUAUUUUCAUUUCUUGGAGAUUUCUUUUUAUUAUUUGAAGGUAAUAUAUUUUUAGUUGGGAUGUUAUCAUUUGGUCUUGCACAUAUUUGUAAUGCAUAUGCAUUUAUAUCUGUUUCAGCAUUGGCAUUUGAAUGGAUUGGAAUUUUUGUUUUUAUUUUAGUUUUUAUUUAUUGGACAAUAUUAAAGAAUUAUACUAUUCUUCCAGAAUAUAUGAGGAAAAUAGUUUAUGGUUAUUUAACAAUUAUUUCUAUUGGAUUUUAUGGAAGUGUAUGUUUAUUUAAUAAUGCACAAUGGACAUUAUCCUCUCGUUUAGUUGUUCUUAUUGGAUAUUUAUUUUUUAUAUUAAGUGAUUCUAUCUUAGGUGUUUCUUUGUGGGUAAAAACAAAUUCAUUUAUUCGAUUUUUAGUAAUGUUCACUUAUUAUAUUGCUCAAUUCUUACUUGGACUGGGAUAUGUUCUUGGCUUGAAUGAAAACCAAAGUUUAAUUCCAAUUUAAUAUUUUAUUAUU